GAGAACCUGAAUAGACAAGCAGCCAUUACCACCGGUCUUGUGUCACGUGAUGAGUUUACCACCACAGGCAAUGUCACCUCUCGGCCUUACGAUAGGGCCUUUCCAGGUAGCAAUGUGGACUACAUUCCAACCCUGACCCCACUUCACCCUGGAUUAGGGGCUGGCCACGUGGGGCCGUAGUUACGAAGCGAGAGAGGAAGUCCAGCACGUGUUCGUCAUUGGUUCACCGGAAGUCUGAGAGUAAAUCGCAGCGUCUUGAAGUGAGGAAGAUGUCGUCUGCAGCCUGCCUCACCCUUCUUGUGAUUUGUCUCUUUGGCAGCAUUUCGCAAAUUUCAAGCAAAACGUCUGAUACAGAAGAUGGACCUUCACAAGCUAGUGUUACAGAAGCACCACAGGCAAAUGCAAAUGAUAACAAUAAUACCCCUGAAGUUACAAGUGCACCAGCUAUUGUUCCCUCCAGCCAACCCGCAAUGCCAGAUACGACGAAGGAACCAGGGAAAAGUGUACCACCUUCUGUCACAAAGAGAAAUGACACCACGACUGCAACUGUUGGCAAUAGCAGGAAUGGUGCUCAAGGAAUUGUUUCUUGUCUAAACAUGUCGGUGGUCACACUACUUAUAGUUGCCACUGUUCAUCUGUGAAAAACCAAAGUCCAGGAGAGUCUCUAGCAGACUUCUGUCGCUCUUUUUGGCAUGUUGAAAAAAUUCUCACUUUAAUUUGUUUUUGUGCUUCUCACAUCUGUGUUGUCAUAUCACAAUACAAACCUGUGACCUUUAGCUGCAGAUAGCUUACUCUAUCAAUACCUCUCAUGAUACUUAUCUAAACUGUCUUUGACUCAAAGUAUAUACAGUAUGUUAUAUUUAUGAAAUAACUUAGUUGAUGACUGAUUUUCUUUUGAAUUUACUAUUGACUGUAAAUGCCUAUAAACGUGUUUUAAGAAUCCAACACUCGCAGUAAUACCAAACUUGUGAUCUCGAGUUUCGGUGGCUUCAUUUUGUUCAUUUGUUGACAUGGUUAACGAAUAAUCACUGUCACACAGUUGUGUCUCGGCCAAUGAACCAGUGUCUGAGUGUAUGUGGGUGUUGGUGUCGAUGUUGGUGUCUGCCAACAUGAACACAAGCCGCUUGAGACACUGGUGAAUAGUCAUGGAUGAGUGAAAUGCACCGCCUUCACCUGGACAAUGACACAGCAUUGACUUGUAAUAAAAUAUGUGACACUAUUUUAAUAGAACUUUAUUUCUUAUUUUUGUUCUAUUGUUAUUUUUCUAAUAAUUGUUUUGGUAUACCUCUAUACUGUUUUAGAUUAGCGAGCUUGUACAACCUCCGUCCACUGCGACUGUGUGAUACAAAUAAAGUUUGU